AUGGCGUCUAAAAAUAGUGGACAUGGGUGUGGUACUGAACCUGAACCGUCUACAAGCACAACGCUUGCUAGACCGGCUUUUGAGGACGAUCAUCAUCUUAGUCGUGUAAUGGCGUCUAAAAAUAGUGGACAUGGGUGUGGUACUGAACCUGAACCGUCUACAAGCACAACGCUUGCUAGACCGGCUUUUGAGGACGAUCAUCAUCUUAGGUUUGUAUAUUAA